UGUCUGCAGGUGACAGGUAAUUUGGAUGAAAACACCCUGGAUCUGAUGAAGGAGCCCAGAUGUGGGGUCCCAGACGUUGGGGAGUACAACCACUUCCCUCGAGACCUCAAAUGGCAAACCAACGACGUCACAUUCAGGAUCGUGAAUUACACACCGGAUCUGGAGAAAUCCGACGUGGACAGAGCCAUCCGCAGGGCACUAAAUGUCUGGUCUGAUGUCACACCUCUGACCUUCAAGAAGCUGCACAAGGGAAUCGCUGACAUCAUGAUCAGCUUCGGAUCCAGAG